AUGCAAUUCUAACACAAUCACGACGGAAACCACCGGGUUUCUCUCUCUCUCAUCUUCACUUUUCUGAGAAAUUUGGGCGGAGAGAGGGCAGUUUCUUUUAGCCGCCGAUGAACACCCACCGUGGCGACCCCUCUGGGGGUCGUCUCUGGCCACAAUUUGCCAUGGCAUUGGCUGUCCUUCUUCUUUCCGGCAAUGUAGGAUUGGUUGCCGGAAAUGCUUACGUCUACGCUUCUCCCCCACCGCCUCCUUAUGAGUACAAGUCGCCGCCGCCGCCUACGACUUAUUCUCCCCCUCCUCCGGUCUAUGACUCUCCUCCUCCUCCUUACUCACCUGCUCCGGAGUAUAAGUCUCCUCCACCGCCGUCUCCGGUGUAUGAGUACAAGUCUCCACCACCACCGUCUCCAUCUCCACCGCCACCGUACUAUUACAAGUCUCCACCUCCACCAUCUCCUUCUCCUCCGCCACCGUAUUACUAUAAGUCUCCCCCACCACCAUCUCCAUCACCUCCUCCACCGUACUAUUACAAAUCUCCUCCACCACCAUCUCCGUCCCCUCCUCCUCCAUACUACUAUAAAUCUCCUCCACCACCAUCUCCGUCCCCUCCUCCCCCGUACUACUACAAAUCCCCACCACCACCAUCUCCGUCCCCUCCUCCACCAUACUACUACAAAUCCCCACCACCACCAUCGCCGUCGCCACCUCCACCAUACUACUAUAAAUCCCCGCCACCACCAUCACCGUCACCUCCUCCCCCGUACUACUACAAGUCUCCUCCACCACCAUCUCCAUCCCCGCCACCACCGUACUACUACAAGUCCCCACCACCACCAUCACCAUCUCCUCCUCCACCAUACUACUACAAGUCUCCACCACCACCUUCACCAUCUCCUCCUCCACCAUACUACUACAAGUCUCCACCACCACCAUCCCCAUCACCUCCUCCUCCAUACUACUACAAGUCCCCACCACCACCAUCACCGUCACCUCCUCCACCAUACUACUACAAGUCCCCACCACCACCAUCACCGUCUCCUCCUCCACCAUACUACUACAAGUCCCCACCACCACCAUCCCCAUCACCUCCUCCUCCAUACUACUACAAGUCCCCACCACCACCAUCACCUUCUCCUCCUCCUCCAUACUACUACAAGUCACCUCCUCCACCGGUGUACUCUCCUCCUCCGCCAUACUACUAUAAGUCACCUCCACCUCCGGUGUACUCUCCUCCCCCACCAUACUACUACAAGUCACCUCCUCCACCUGUGUACUCUCCUCCCCCACCAUACUACUACAAGUCACCUCCUCCACCUGUGUACUCUCCUCCCCCACCGUACUACUACAAGUCACCUCCUCCUCCAGUCUACUCUCCUCCACCACCGUACUAUUACAAGUCACCUCCUCCUCCAGUCUACUCUCCUCCACCACCGUACUACUACAAGUCACCUCCUCCUCCGGUCUACUCUCCUCCACCACCGUACUACUACAAAUCCCCACCACCACCACCCGUCUAUUACUACAAAUCUCCACCACCACCAGUUUACUACUCUCCUCCACCAAAGCCCUACACUCCUCCAUACUACCCACCCCAUCACCACCACCGCCACCUAAUUUUCAAGGUGGUCGGAAAAGUCUAUUGCAUCCGAUGCUAUGAUUGGGCAUACCCCGAAAAAUCACACAACAAGAAGCACCUUAAAGGAGCCAUUGUUGAAGUGAGCUGCAAGGCAGGAAACAAAGAGGUAGUGGCCUACGGAAAGACCAAGAGCAAUGGCAAAUAUAGCAUUAAAGUCAAGGGCUUUCACUAUGCUAAAUACGGCGGCAAGGCUUGCAAGGCUAAGCUCUACGCACCGCCCAAGGGCUCGUCGUGCAACAUCCCGACCAACCUUCACUGGGGCAAGGUCGGAGCCAAGUUGAGAGUCAAGUCCAAGACUAAGAACGAGGUUGUAUUGUACGCUAAGCCUUUUGCUUAUGCUCCAAAGAAGCCUUACAAGGAGUGCACGAAGCCUAAGCCUAAGCCUUACCACCCACCUCCUUACGUCUACAAGUCUCCACCUCCUCCUACCCCUGUGUAUUACUACAAGUCCCCACCUCCUCCGUCUCCGACUUACUACUACAAGUCCCCACCUCCCCCGUCACCUACCUAUUACUACAAAUCUCCUCCUCCACCUUCACCGGUGUACUAUUACAAGUCACCACCACCUCCAGUAUACUCUCCUCCUCCACCGUACUACUACAAGUCACCUCCACCACCCGUGUACUCUCCUCCCCCACCAUACUACUACAAGUCACCUCCACCUCCCGUGUACUCACCUCCCCCACCAUACUAUUACAAGUCACCUCCACCUCCAGUGUACUCACCUCCCCCACCAUACUACUACAAGUCUCCUCCACCACCAGUGUACUCUCCUCCCCCACCAUACUACUACAAGUCACCUCCACCUCCCGUGUACUCACCUCCUCCGCCAUACUACUACAAGUCUCCUCCACCACCUGUGUACUCUCCUCCACCACCAUACUAUUACAAGUCACCUCCUCCUCCAGUCUACUCUCCUCCCCCACCGUACUACUACAAGUCACCUCCACCACCAGUCUACUCUCCUCCACCACCAUACUACUACAAGUCACCUCCUCCACCGGUGUACUCUCCUCCCCCACCGUACUACUACAAGUCACCUCCUCCACCGGUGUACUCUCCUCCCCCACCGUACUACUACAAGUCACCUCCUCCACCGGUGUACUCUCCUCCUCCACCGUACUACUACAAGUCACCUCCUCCUCCAGUGUACUCUCCUCCCCCACCGUACUACUACAAGUCACCACCACCUCCAGUGUACUCUCCUCCCCCACCGUACUACUACAAGUCUCCUCCACCUCCAGUCUACUCUCCUCCCCCACCGUACUACUACAAGUCUCCUCCACCUCCCGUCUACUCUCCUCCCCCACCGUACUACUACAAGUCUCCUCCACCUCCCGUCUACUCUCCUCCUCCGCCAUACUACUACAAAUCUCCUCCACCUCCCGUCUACUCUCCUCCUCCACCAUACUACUACAAGUCUCCACCACCACCUUCUCCAUCUCCCCCACCACCAUACUACUACAAAUCUCCUCCCCCACCAUCACCGUCACCUCCUCCACCGUACUACUACAAGUCCCCACCACCACCAUCCCCAUCACCUCCUCCUCCAUACUACUACAAGUCCCCACCACCACCGUCCCCAUCACCUCCCCCUCCAUACUACUACAAGUCCCCACCGCCACCAUCCCCAUCACCUCCUCCACCAUACUACUACAAGUCCCCACCACCACCGUCUCCAUCACCUCCUCCACCAUACUACUACCAAUCUCCUCCCCCUCCUUCACCUUCUCCUCCUCCCCCAUACUACUACAAAUCUCCCCCACCACCCGAGAAAGCCCUCCCCCCGGUUUACAUUUACGCAUCGCCGCCCCCACCUACCCACUAUUAAGUUCUAAAAAAGUUGGACACCAAUCUUGUUUUAUUUUCAAAAGUGGAAUAAAUGAAGGCUUCCUUAGUGAAACAGUUAGUGGUGGUGAAUUCAGCCCAUUGAAUAAUAAGGGUCCUUUUGCAAAAACAGAGCAUUAUCCAAACAUUUUGGACCAGAUUGCAUCUUCUUCUCUCGUUGCCAUCUUCCAUAUCAUCUUAUUACUGUGUUCUUCUGGGAAAGUGGCCUCAAGGGUUGAGCUUGCAUCAAUGGCAGGGCUUGGAUGUUGCAGAAGAUGAUUAUUGUUUUGUGAUUUGAGUAGUGAAGCCUUUUGUUAUUUGUUUUAAUUCAUAUCUAUUUGUGAAUAGAUGAAGUAUGCAUUGGCUACGAUUUGUGAUUUUGUUCACUUUGGGAUAUUUAUUUGCAUUAAAAUAACUUCUCUCU